AUGCCGCUCAACGCGCACGCCGCCGCGCGCCUCAGGUCGAAGAAGCGCGGGUCCUCCUCGUCCCGCACCGCCUCCUCGACUACCGCCUCGCCAGCGCCAUCAACCAGCUCGAAGAAGGCCGCGCGCUUCCGAGAUGCAGCGCCGAAGGAUCUGAGGUGGAAGAGCAUCGUCUUGCCGGCGGAACUGGGCUGUGACGACGACGGAGGACUGCUCGAGCUGGAUGAGGUCGAGGGUGUUGAUGUGGUCUACGAGGAUGGCAGGGUAGCUUUCAAGGUCCGGGAAGACGAGGACGGCGAGCCGCCCGCGAAGAAGAGCAAGAAGGGCAAAGGAAAGGCUGUUCAGCAAGACGACGACGAGCCCGAAUUCGUGCCCAUCGACCAGGCACAGGAGUCCGAGGGCGACGAGCCGAAGUUUGCGGAGGAUGAGCCACUGUCGUUCCCUGACGAAGAGCUCGAGUUCCCGGACGAAGAGGCGGGAGAAGCUGGCGAGGCAGCGGAAGGCGAGAGCGUGAAUGUUGCAGAGGAGAAGAAGAAGGCAAAGAAGCAGAAGAAAGACAAGGGGAAGAAGCGGAGUCGAGAUGAGGCGCAGGAGAACGGUUCGAGUGGAGGAGCGAUGGAAGAAGCGGCAGACGAGCCUCCCUUCGAUGUCGAAGCUGAACUCCCGGCUUGGUCACACAUCCCCCUCGCCAACCCUCUCUACCGCGCCCUCGCCGAACUCAAGUUCACCAAGCCGACCGAGAUCCAGGAGAAGGCGUUGCUAGUCGGAGAAAACGCAAAGGCGCAGGCUGAGGGCGAGGACGAGCAGGAAAAGUCGGCUUUCGACACUGCGCCAGCAGGCCGCGAGCGCGACGUCGUCGGAAUCGCGCAGACCGGUUCCGGUAAGACGCUCGCCUAUGGUCUACCCAUCCUCUCGCACAUCCUCUCCCAGCCCUCGCCAUCCUCGUCGCCCGCCGACUCCGACGACGACGAGUCUUCCCUCCCGCCUACCCGCCUCGCCGCCCUCAUCCUCUGCCCAACGCGCGAACUCGCCCUCCAAGUCCGCACCUCCCUCUCCUCCCUCGCCGUCCGCUCUCUCCCUCUUCGCACGCCCUCGCCCGAAACCGAAAAGCUCGCGCCUGAAGACCCGCGCAAGCGCAAGAAGGGCCGGUUGGUCCAGGUUGUCGCGUUGACGGGAGGGAUGAGUGUCGAGAAGCAGAAGAGGCAGUUGGAGAGGGGCGCGGAUAUCGUUGUUGCGACGCCUGGACGGCUGUGGGACUUGAUUGGCGAGAGCGACAUGCUCGUGCACGAGAUUAAGAACAUCAGAUUCCUCGUCAUCGAUGAGGCAGACAGGAUGAUCGAGAACGGCCACUUCGCUGAGCUCGAGAGCAUCGUCCGCCUGACUCGCCGGGAACAGGCGACUCCCGAUGACGGCUUCGUCAACGACUUCGAUACCGCCGUCACUUCCCGCUCGAACGUGACCACCCUUCCCUGCCGCCCGGACAUGCGCACCUUCGUCUUCUCCGCUACGAUGUCGAAAGAGCUGCAGCUCAACCUCAAACGCAAGGGCGCGCCGAAGAAGUUUGUCCCGAAGGCUGUCGAGGGAGAGAUGACCAGCCUCGACGACUUGCUCGAGCUACUCGACUUCCGAGACCCGGAUCCCGAGAUCAUCGAUCUUUCGCCGGAGCAUGGACUCGUCGAGACGCUCAAGGAGUGCAAGGUCGAGUGCUUGGCGAACGAGAAGGACAUGUACCUCUACCACUUCCUCCUCCGCUACCCUGGCCGUACCAUCGUCUUCCUCGCCGCCAUCGAUGGUAUCCGACGACUCCACCCUCUCCUCACGCUUCUCAAGGUCAACGUCAUCCCGCUUCACUCGGGCAUGCAGCAGCGACAGCGAUUGAAGGCGCUUGACAAGUUCAAAUCGUCGCCCGAUGCCGUACUCCUCGCAACCGACGUCGCCGCCCGCGGUCUCGACAUUCCUUCCGUCUCGCACGUUGUGCACUACCAGCUCCCUCGAGCGGCCGACACCUACGUCCACCGAUCUGGACGUACGGCUCGUGCGGGAACCGAGGGUUUGGCGUUGCAGCUUGUUGCACCCGAGGAAAAGAAGGUGCAGAGGAUGUUGAUGGCGAGUCUUGGGAAAGACAUUGACCUCCCCACGCUCCCGACCGAUUUCUCCAUCCUCGACCAGCUCAAGAAGCGUAUCGACCUUGCCAAGGAGAUUGACCAAGCUCAACACCGCGCGACCAAGCAGGCGCACGAGGACAAGUGGCUGCGCGAGGCGGCCGAGGCGAUGGAGAUCGACCUCGACGACGACCAGGACUCCGACGGAGAUGGCCCGCAACGCUCGAGCAAGAAGCAGCGCGGCCAAGCGAUUGCUAGCGCUCGACAGCUCAAGGCCGAGCUCGACAACCUGCUCAAGAAGCCCCUCAUGGUCCGCGGCGUCUCAGCCAAGUACCUCACGACACGCAGCAAGAUCGGCUUGGUCGACCAGCUCGUCGGCGGAACGGGACACUCGAAGAUCUUUGGCUUGUCGACCUCGUCGGCGCUGGAAGACCUUGCGGCCGCGCCGAGGACGAAGGAGCAGAAGCGGGCGGAGAAGGCGAGGGAGACGAAGGCGGAAGAGGCGGAGGAGUAG